CUGGCCGGGGCUCCGGCAGGACUUCAUGGAUCGGCCCGGCAUUUUUCUCUCCUGCGCCUGUUUCGCUCCUCCAACCUUCUUUUCCGAUCGGUGCACAGAGUCCGGAGCGGGCAUGGGUCGCCGGAAAACUGCCAUUGACCUCCGCCACCGCGACAUGACAAGCUUCCAGCCCGCGCGCAUCACCAAGUAACGAAAAAAAAAAAGACACUCGAGCUUUGCGACAGCGCGGCCAAAAGCGACCUUGAUCACCAUGGUUUCGGGAGCAGCAGCUGCGGCCAUGCGCCGCGCCGUGCUGCUCCCACAGCGCGCCGUCGGCGUGGGCGGAGUCGCCGGCCUCGGCUUCGCAAUCGCGCCAGCAGCCGCCGUGGCGGCCCCGGCCCCUCUCUUCCCCUCGCGACAGACAGCUCGCCCGUUCUUUUCUUCCGUCGCCACGACCUGGAAGACCUCUACGACCCCUCGCCCGUCAGUAUCCGGCCCGGCGACCGGCAUCUCCCACCCCAACCCCCGUGUUCCUCGCCAGUUGCUGGGACAGCCACGCUGGGAGUCACCCGUCAACGCGCUCCGGCGCCUCUCAACGAUGCAGCCCGCGCGCCAGCAAAAUAAGGACGAUGCGAAGGCUUUGACCACCACCAACAACAACGACAACAACAAGGAGGUGCCCACCGUGCUGGAACCUAAGGAGGAGGAGAUAGACCAGCACUUCAAGGCGCACGGCUUCCAGCGCAGCGAGAAAGCCGCCAAGGCUGCCCACAUCAACAUGAGUGCCCGACUCUCCAAGGAAGGCGUCGGCGUCAAGGGGAAGCCCGGGCUGGCCGAAGUCUGGCGGCUCAUCAAGAUCGCGCGCCCCGAGGUCGGGUGGCUCGCCGCCGCGUUCCUCCUGCUGCUCAUCUCGUCGGCCGUCACCAUGUCGAUUCCCUUCUCCGUCGGCAGAAUCAUGGAUCUUUCCACCAAGGGCCCCGUGGACGAGGUCCAGAUCUUCGGCCUCACCCUGCGCCAGUUCUUCUACGGUCUCGGUGCGGUGCUUACUCUCGGUGCCACGGCCAACUUUGGCCGCAUCAUCCUGCUCCGGAUCGUCGGCGAGCGCGUCGUCGCCCGGCUGCGGAGCCAGCUGUACCGCCGCACGUACGUGCAGGACGCCGAGUUCUUCGACGCCAACCGAGUCGGCGACCUGAUCUCGAGGCUGAGCUCCGACACCGUCAUCGUCGGCAAGAGCAUCACGCAAAACAUGUCGGACGGCCUGCGCGCGCUCGUCAGCGGCGCCGCCGGGUUCGUCAUGAUGACCUGGAUGAGCCCCAAGCUGACGUCCAUCAUCUUAGUCAUGGUCCCGCCCAUCGCCAUCGGCGCCGUGCUGUACGGGCGCAGCAUCCGCAACCUGAGCCGGCUGAUCCAGAAGAACCUGGGCACCAUGGUGAAGAUCGCUGAAGAGCGUCUGGGCAACGUCAAGACGAGCCAGGCUUUUGCCGGCGAGGUUCAGGAGAUCAGCCGGUACAACAAGCAAGUCAGAAAAAUCUUUGCACUCGGACGGAAAGAGUCACUCAUCUCGGGCGCCUUCUUUGCCUCGACCAGCUGGGCAGGCAACAUGACCAUCCUCGCCAUGCUCAUCGUCGGCGGCAACCUCGUCCGCACGGGCGCCAUGUCGCUCGGAGAUCUGACCUCGUUCAUGAUGUACACGGCCUUCGCAGGGUCCAGCCUUUUCGGCCUGAGCGGCUUCUAUUCGGAGCUGAUGAAAGGUGUCGGCGCCGCCAGCCGUCUAUUCGAGCUUCAGGACCGCAAGCCGUCCAUCCACCAGACCGUGGGCAUGAAGGUCGCCUCGGCCCACGGCCCCAUCAAGUUCAACAACGUCACGUUCGCGUACCCGACGCGCCCCGCGGUGACCAUCUUUAACGGGCUCGACUUCGAGAUCCCCGCCGGCAGCAACGUCUGCAUCGUCGGGCCCUCGGGCGGCGGCAAGUCCACCGUGGCGUCGCUCCUCCUGCGCUUCUACAACCCGACCUCGGGCUCCAUCACCAUCAACGGCGUGGACAUCUCCAAGAUGAACGUCAAGUCCCUCCGGCGGCGCAUCGGCAUGGUGGCGCAGGAGCCGGUGCUCUUCUCGGGCACGAUCGCGGAGAACAUCGCGUACGGCAAGCCGGACGCGACGCGGGCCGAGAUCAUCGCGGCGGCCAAGAAGGCCAACUGCGGCUUCAUCAGCGACUUCCCCGAGGGGCUGGAGACGCAGGUCGGGGCGCGGGGCGCGCAGCUGUCGGGCGGGCAGAAGCAGCGCAUCGCGAUCGCGCGGGCGCUGCUCAAGGACCCGGACAUCCUGCUGCUGGACGAGGCCACGUCGGCGCUCGACGCCGAGUCCGAGACGCUCGUCAACGAGGCCCUCGCCGCCCUGCUCCGCGGCCGCAGCACCACCAUCUCCAUCGCCCACCGCCUCUCCACCAUCAAGCGCUCCGACCGCAUCAUCGUGCUCUCGAGCGAGGGCACCGUCGCCGAGACGGGCAGCUACGCCGAGCUGAGCGCCGACAAGGAGAGCGCCUUCAGCCGCCUGAUGGAGUGGCAGAUGAGCGGCGGGGAGGUCCCGCCCGAGAAGAGGCCGCCCAAGAAGAGCGGCGGGCCGAUCUCCGAGGCGGAGGAGAUCGAGGAGGAGUUGGCGGAGGAGGCGGAGGAGGAGGAGCAUGACGAUCUGGAGGACGGCGGGGGAAGAAAGGAGGACGGUAAGCGGCCCUGAGCCGCCCCGCGGCCUCCCCUCUCCUCUCCCUUCGCGAUGUUUUUUUUUUUUUUUUUUUUUUUUUUUUUUUUUUUUUUUUUUUUUCUUUCCUUUUCUUUUUUAUU